ACAAUUACUUGAAGAUUUCAACCCGCCAUGUGAUGCACACUUUACCUUCUCAGGGGCGCACUCCGCCAGCUCCAUCCAUGUUGACCUGGGUCAACAUUCACUAGGCCAUUCACCAUGUUAGGAAGGACGACAGCUAUGGAGCAUUCUCUGCGGCACCCAGAAAAGAAGAGGCACAGGGCAGUUGCAGCUUUGGUCUCAGCUGAAUCAGGGUGUGAGGGAGUGCCAGUUGAUCAUGGGGGAUUCACGGGUAAUCAGGCGCCCAAGUUUUGGGCUGAAGAGGCUGCUCCAUAUCCCGCUACUGCGGGGCUGAAGGGGAGCACCUCUGCUGCUGUGAGCAGGCCCAUCAAGUUUGUCGAGAUCAAGGAGAGAUCUGUUUCGGAGCCGGCGCUGGGUGGGGCAGUACCGAGCUUUGCGGGUGUUGUGGCUCGGAUGCGGGCAUCCCUGGCUGCUGCAGAGGUUCGGUUGGAGCUGUCUUUCCGGGACAGGUUCUGUUUGCGGAGCGGGUUGUAUCAAGAGCUCCGACAGACGACCUGUCAUCCCUGUCUAGCUCCUGUAUCUUCAGAGGGGCGUGGCCAGGAGGAGAUUGCUGCUGCUCAUCUACCCCUUCUGACUCCUGCAGUUUCAGAGGAGCUUGGCCAGGAGAAGUUUGCCGCUGUGUACCUGGCAGUGCAGGUUGAGGUGUUCAAGUGUGCGAUUUCUGUUUUUUGUUUGGUGCAUUUGUGGAGUAGGGACGGGGUCACAGACGAGAACAGGUCGAGGAGGAGGAGGAGGAGGAAGGAGGAGGCCAUGGAGGAGGAUGAAGAGGAGGAGGAGGCGGCGAUGGAGGAGGAAGAAGACGAGGAGAAGGUGGAAGAGGAGGAGGGGGAGGAGGAGGAGGAAGAGGAAGAGGAGGAGGGGGAGGUGGAGGACAAGGAGGAGGAAGAGGAGGAGGAUGAGGAGGAGGAAGAGGACAAGGACGAGGAGGAGGACGACGAGGAAGAAGAGGAGGAGGAAGAGGAGGAGGAGGACGAGGAAGAAGAGGAUGAGGAAGAGGAGGAGGAGGACGAGGAGGAAGAGGAGGAGGAGGAGGGGGAGGAGGAAGCCAAGGAAGAGAAGGACGAGGUGGAGGAGGAGGAGGACGAGGAGGAGGAAGGCGAAGAGGAAGAGGAGGUGGAAGAGGAGGAAGAGGAGGAGUGGGAAGCCAAGGAGGUAGAGGAGGAGGAGGAAGAGGAGGCGGAAGACGAGGAGGAGGAGGAGGAGAAGGAGGAGGAGGAGGUGGAAGACAAGGCCCUGGAGGAGGAGGGUGAAGACAAGGCCUUGGAGGAGGAGGAGGAGGUGGAAGAGGAGGCGGAGGAGGAGGAGGAGGCCCAAUGUGAAAGAACCACGUGGAAUGACUCACAAUUCAUGGUCAAAGAUGCCAUGGGAAUCGAGCGACCAGUCCUCUUGGAUGAGCCGCGCGAGUCCCAAGUGAACUUUCUCAAUGCAAUGCAAUUCUGCAAAAAGUGGCGCAGACGCAAAACCAAUGAACAAAUGUAUAUGGUCUUUGUUAGGCCUGCUCAUGUGCCUUCUAUUUUUGCUGUACAUAAUGAUUCUACUUUGCAUGCUGUUUCCACCUCGGAUGCAACCACUUCUACCUCUAAUCCUGUCAUAUUGGCUGCACCUAUGACAUCUGAUAUGCUUGCUCCUGAGAGUGCUGAUCCCGCUCCGGAAGUUCCACCAGAAAUUCGCAACCUUCUCAACCGAUUCCCUGAGGUCUUGGCCGAACCACAUGGAGUUCCCGUGCGUCCGGUCCGACACAAGAUCGAGUUGAUUGAAGGUAGUACUCCUCCAAAGGGUUGCGUCUAUCGAAUGGGCUCAGGCGAAUUGGAGGAGUUGCGAAGGCAGAUUGAUGAGAUGAUUGGGAAGGGAUGGAUCAAACCCAGUGAGUCUGAGUUUGGUGCACCAGUGCUGUUUGUCCCUAAGAAAGGAGGCAAAUUGCGGAUGUGUAUUGAUUACCGCGGAUUGAAUCGGAUUACGAGAAAGAAUGCAUAUCCUUUGCCACGCAUCGAUGAUUUGCUUGAUGCUGCAGGUGGGUGCAAAGUCUUCAGCAAGAUCGAUCUCAAGUCUGGCUAUCACCUGAUUGAAGUCGAUCCUGCCGACCAGCACAAAACCGCAUUCAAAACUCGCGAUGGGCUGUACGAGUUUACCGCCAUGCCCUUCGGUCUCACGAAUGCACCAGCCACCUUUCAAAGUCUCAUGGACAAAGUGUUCCGCCAUCAGAUUAACCUGUUUGUUGUUGUUUAUCUGGACGAUAUACUCAUAUUCAGCAAAUCAAUGGAGGAACACAUGAGACAUUUUGAGGAAGUGUUGCAGGUCCUCAAGGAAGCGCAACUCCAUCUCAACUUGGAGAAAUCUAAGUUUGGGAGGGACAGCGUCAUCUACCUUGGGCACCGGUUGUCUGCUGAAGGCCUAGAGCCUGAGGCAACCAAGGUUGAGGUCAUCCGCAAUUGGCCUCAACCGGCGAAUGUUCGCGAGUUGCGUUCUUUUCUUGGUCUUGCGUCCUACUACCGCAAGUUUGUGCCUAAGUUUUCUAUCACCGCCCGUCCACUGUCUAGAUUGACUAGCAAGAAUGUGUCUUACACAUGGGAUGGGGAAUGCACGACAGCCUUCGCAGCAUUAAAGGAGUCUUUGGUGAAUCAUCCGGUGCUCCGCAUUGCAGAUCCCAAACUCACAUUCGUAGUAACUACGGAUGCCAGUAUGUAUGGGAUUGGUGCAGUGCUGAAACAAGAUGACGACGACGGCCUACGUCCGCUAGAGUUUUACAGCAAACGUAUGCCCAUUCACAAGGUAGCUGCCUCCACCUACAUGCGAGAACUCUAUGCCUUGAGAGAGACACUAGACCACUGGAAGCACUACCUCUUGGGUCGCCAUUUCAAGGUGUUCUCAGACCAUGAGACCUUGAAAUGGGUUCAGACAAAGAAUAAUCCCUCAACUACUCUAACCCGUUGGCUGCAUGAGAUUGCUGUGUAUGACUUUGAGAUUAAGGACAAGAAAGACUGUUACAAUCGCGUUGCGGAUGCUUUGUCGCACCACCCGGAGUACAUGACUUGCCUUGUGGGUUCCUACGACCUGCGUAAAAAUCUGAAGGAGGAACUCAUCGAGCAUACUGCCAAGGAUCCGGAACUCAGUCCCAUCCUUGAGAAGAUUCGGGCUGACCCUAGCAGUCAGCAUGAUUUCCAUGAAUGUAAGGGUCUUCUUUUCUGACGCUACGGGAAACAUGACCGGUUGUGUGUGCCCAACCAUCAGCCAAUCCUCACUCACCUUCUGGAUUUGGCCCAUGACCGG